AUGGCUACAGGUGAAGGCAAGUUUACAUGUAGUGUUUGUAAGCAAUUAUUUAAAAACCCAGUUGUUCAUAAACUUUGUGGUAUUUCUUUUGAUCGUGAAUGUCUUGGAAAUCUAUGUCCAGAACAACAAUGUCAACAAGUUAUUAUAGAAGACGAUUUAAUACCUAACCGUAGUCUAUUAAAUGUUGUUGAUGAAUAUCGAUUAACAUUAGUAUCACCUCCUGUCUAUUAUAUGAUUCUACUCGAUUGCAGCACUUCUAUGUGGUAUUCAGAUGCAUGGCUUCCGUUUGCUCUAGGCCAAAGUCGAUUUGUAUAUGCUAUAGAUUUUUUGAACGAGUUCUUCCGACUAAAAUUGAAUUUAAUAACUGAUAAAGUUUCAUUAGUUACUUUUGAUACAGCUUCUCUACAACGCUUCGAUUUCCAAGUAAUCAAUGAAAAUCAUAUAGCGAUGUUAAAAGAUUUAAAAUGUGACGGUCAAGAUACUGCGCUAUUCGAUGCCAUUGACUUUUGUUAUGACAGACUUGAAGAGUUAAAUAAACGAUUGGGAAAUCAACAAUCUAAUCUAUAUCUUUUGGUACUGACCGAUGGUCAGAAUAAUUUUGGCCUCAAAGAAUCCAAACAUGCGGACAACUUAUUAUUUCGUUCAAAAAAACUUCAUAUAUCAGGUCAUAUGAUUCAAAUCGGAAGCAAAAAUCGAAAAACAACAAGAACGCUUUGUAAAGUACUUCAAUUUCAAUAUAAUCAUUUCAAAGGUGGAAAUGUAAAUGAAUUUGUUAAUUCUUUAACAAAUACACUUACUACAAAAGCUCAAUCACGAGUUCAACCUACAAAAAAUAUAGCCGAACAAUUGAUUGAUCAAUUGCCAACUGUACCAAAUACGCCAAUAAAAGCGCCAAAUACACCAGUAAAAGUGCCAAGGAGACAAUUAGAAUCCGCUUAA